UAAUCUAAUGCAUUCGACAAGUAUCAACUUCCACCAUUUUAAUUGAUUGAAAAACUAUCGACUAUAUUUCCAAAAUCUCCUUUUGCGCAUAUGCGGAAGCUAGUAUUGCAGUCAUGCCGUCUAUCGAAGAACCCAAGAGUUUCAGCUGGGCUGAACAGGUGGAACAGGGCGAAGAUGGUGCUCUUCCACCUUCUUCAGAAGACAUCGACGAAGCAAAGGGGUUAAAAGUGAUCACAGAUUUUAAAUACAAUGACGAAGGAAAGAUGGUCAAGAUGGUGAAAACCUAUAAAAUUGAACACAGACGAGUUCCAAAGACAGUUGCUAAGAGGAAAAAUUGGCGUAAGUUUGGCGCAGCUGAGAAUGACCCUCCCGGUCCUAAUUCAGCCAACACUAUAGUUCAAGUGGAAGAGAUUCCAAUGCAAUUUGUCCACAAUGAAGAGGAACAGUCGGAACAGCAGGAGGAUCCCCUGAAUAAAUUGAAGGCCCAGAAGUUGGUGUCUUGUCGUAUCUGUAAGGGAGAGCAUUGGACCACUAAAUGUCCAUACAAAGAUACUCUUGGACCACUUCAAGAGAAACUCCAGGACGACAAGCCAGCAACUCCAGAUGGAGCAGCACCCCCUGGUGGCCAGGGAGCUGCUGCGGCGGCAGGAGCAGCUGCAGCUAAGGGCCCAGCAGCAGGUGGCAAAUAUGUGCCACCAAGUUUGAGAGAUGGAGCCAAUAAGGGGCGCGGAGAAACCAUGCAGAGCAAGAGAGACGAGUCAGCCACCAUCCGUGUGACCAAUCUGUCGGAGGAUACGAGAGAGUCAGAUCUACAGGAAUUAUUCCGACCCUUCGGUCCUAUACAGAGGAUUUACCUGGCAAAGGAUAAGAACACAGGCCAAUCAAAGGGAUUUGCUUUCAUCAACUUCCAUCGUCGGGAAGAUGCUGCCAGAGCUAUCACAGGUGUCUCGGGCUUUGGAUAUGAUCAUUUAAUUCUCAACGUAGAAUGGGCAAAACCAUCCGGCACAAGUUAGGCUUUUCUGAAGAGACACCAGUAAAAACAUCAGAUGUCAUCAAAAACAGUGCUAUGUCUUGUACGGAAAAUAAAUUAUAUAACUGGA